AUGUUUAACGCUCUUAAUCGGUUUAUUUCACGACUAGAUUCGGACUCUCCCGUCCAUCAAAAUCGUGACAAUUAUGGCGCAUUCGGAUUUCAAGUCCUGAGGAAUAAGACUUCAGAACUGGCCGUCGAGCCUUGGUUUGAUUUUAUAGACGACUCGGACGCAAAUCUCUUUGCGCAAGAAGUACGUAAUUGUGCUGGAAGUACAGUGACUCUUGGUCUUUGGAGUGCAAAGGGCCAACGCACACGAACUAUUCACAUUCCUGUACCUUCUGAUACUCUAUCUCUAGGCCUGACUCUUCAAUGGACCUCCCUUUCUACCGUUUCAAACAUAUGGCAUAUUCUAGACGUACCUGCCAACUGUCCAGCCGACCUCGCAGGUCUCCUUCCCUACAGCGAUUAUAUUCUCGGUACACCCGAGGGGGUCUUACACGGAGAGAGUGGUUUGGGUGAGCUGGUCGAGGAUCACAUUGGACGACCGUUACGAAUUUACGUUUAUAACAAUGAGUAUAACGUUACAAGGGAAGUUACUAUCCAUCCGAGCAGAGACUGGGGCGGAGAUGGGGCGCUGGGUUGUACCUUGGGAUAUGGAGCAUUGCAUAGAUUGCCAGCUCCCUUAAGUGAACCCGUUGCUGGACCAGGAGAGACAUUGUUUGAGGGAGAGAGUGCGAGGUUUUCAAAUGAAGAACCGAGGGAGAAAAUGGGAAUUGAAGGCGCUGCAAGCCAGCUCUUUGUGCCAGCUGCGGUGGCAGAAGAUUCGGGUGAAUUAUUGGUGCCAGCUCAACUUGCGGCCCCUGUAAUUGCGACGCCGGCAAGGAAGAAAGGGAAAAAACAUGGGCACAACCCGAAUGAUUUCAUGGAUGACUAUUUUAUGGAGGGGGAGAAAAAGAGUAGAGAAUUAGAUCAUGCGCCGACCGCGAAGAGUGGUGGUGUGCCUCCGCCCCCUAAAGGAGGAGGCCCGCCGAGAGCUGGGACACCCAAAGCAGCAGAUCCGGCGCCUGGUGCAAUACCGGCAGAAACAAAAGAUUCAUAUGAUAGUGGUGUUGAUUAA